AUGGUUUCUAACAAAUUUUCAUGUGGUCUUUUUUUAUUUAAUGGUUGCAACAAUAUAAUAAAGUCGUCUAUAACGCAUCGUGCUUUUAUUACUAGUUGGGCUCAUAUUCCUCAAGGCCCACCUGAUGCGAUUUUAGGAAUUACAGAGGCUUAUAAAAAAGAUACCAAUCCCCAAAAAAUGAAUUUGGGAGUUGGUGCCUAUAGAGAUGAUGAUGGGAAGCCAUAUGUUUUGAAUUCUGUCAGAAAGAAAAAAAUACUUGAAGAUCGACUUGAUAAGGAAUAUCUUCCAAUUACUGGUCUUUCUAGCUUUACUCAAGGUGCAGCUCUUUUGGCUUAUAGUAAAGAUUCCAAACCUUUAAAAGAUGGAUUAAUUUCAAUCACUCAAUCGAUUUCAGGAACAGGAGCUCUUAGAAUUGGAGGAGUGUUUUUAUCUAGAUAUUAUCCACAUGCUAAAAAAAUCUAUUUACCUAAACCAACAUGGGGCAAUCAUAAUGCUGUUUUUAAAGAUUCUGGUUUAGAAAUAGAUUCAUACAGAUAUUAUGAUAAAUCAACCAAUGGAUUGGAUUUUAAUGGAUUGCUAGAGGAUGUUCAGCAACGUGAACAUUUUCCAUUUUUUGACAUGGCCUAUCAAGGUUUUGCAUCAGGAGACACUGAUAAAGAUGCUUAUGCUAUCCGUAAAUUUAUAACUGAUGAUCAUCGGGUAGCUUUAGCACAAUCAUUUGCUAAAAAUAUGGGGCUUUAUGGAGAACGUGCUGGUGCAUUUUCAAUUAUUUCUGAAAGUUCAAAAGAAAAGGCUGCAAUUGAUUCACAACUUAAAAUACUAAUUAGAGCCAUGUAUUCUAAUCCACCAAUACAUGGUGCAAGAAUUGCAAGUUAUGUACUGAACAAUCCCGAACUAAAUAAAGAAUGGUUAGAAGAAGUAAAAGUUAUGGCAAAUCGAAUUAUUACUAUGCGUGAUAAACUCAAGCAUCAUUUAGUUAAUGAUUUUCAAUCAAAGAUUUCUUGGAAUCAUAUCACUGAUCAAAUUGGAAUGUUUUGUUACACUGGAUUAAAACCUGAGCAGGUUGAAAAACUUACUGCUGAUUUUCAUGUAUAUUUAACCAAAGAUGGACGUAUUUCCAUUGCUGGAAUUUCUUCAAAAAAUGUUAAAUAUUUAGCUGAAGCCAUACAUGAAGUUACAAAAUAA